AUGGUUAAGGAUAUAGAAACAGGAAAUAUACAAGAUGGAAAUCAGCAGGGACAACAAGAUGGAAAUCAACAGGGACAACAAGAUGAAAAUGUAAAUUCAGGAAAAAUUGAUGACAUAUUUGCACAAUUAGAAAAUACCAAGAUAUCGAUUAAAGAAAAUCUAGAGAGAGAAGAACCACCAUCAUGUUGUGUAGCAACACUUAAGGGUGACAGAAAAACUCAAAUGGAUAGAUUUGAUGUUGGAAAUCAUUUCUUAAACAGAGAUUAUUCAUUGCUUAUUAUUUAUGAUGGACAUGGCGAUGAAAUAUUUUCAAGAGUUUGA